GCCAGGAGCUACGGUCAAAUUGUCUCAGUCUCUUCAUCUGAAGUUAUUGCUGUCUCUCUCUUCAGCUCAUAUUUGAUUUUCCUCAUCACUGAAAAUCAAGAUGCAUAGAUCCUACCAGCCAAUUACGCCUGCCAAUAACAAGCUUCUAAAGAAAAGAUGGGACAUGAGUAGCUAUAACACGCACAGAAGAAAGGUUCAGUCUGCCAAAGCAGUUAUCGACAACAAACCUCCCCAGACUUAUAUGCAUUUGCAUCUAAAGUUAAAGAAGUUACAGGUGGAGGAAGAGAGAUUAGCCACUAUAGAAAGAGACAAUCGUAUUCUGCUGGAAAAGAUGUCGUUUGUUAUGAGGACACGAGGCAGAGUUGACAACAGAAAUGAUUAUGAACACAAGAGUCUGAACAAGACAAAGAGACAGAGAGAACUCCUUAGAGUUACUCAUGAAAAUCAGGCUAUUUUGAAGAGGAUAACUGCAAAAGAACCACAUUAUAAUCAUCUUCAAUGGGAGGAUGAAUGGCAAAUCAAUGAAACAUAUAUGGACAAUAUUUCCAAGUAUCCAAAGGAUUGGUACAAACAGCUGAUGAGCAAGAAGAAACCAAAGGAAGGAGAGAAAACUGAGCGAGCUAAAGGAGACAAGAGACACAGCAUAUAUUCUGUGGAAAGUGGAAAGGAAGGUAAGAACAAACCUGAACCAACUGAUAAUGAUGAAGGUGCAGACGAUGGAAACAAAGUUGAAGAAGACAAAGAGGCUGUUAAAGAAUAAUGGCAGUACUUAAUUUAUGAAUUAUGAGAGUGCAAUGUUUAAGAUUUAUUAUUUUAUAAUACCGUUUUAAUUGUACAAAAGAUUUUUUAUCAGACGAGUGUGAUAAUUUGAAUUUUGUUACCUUUGCAUUUUUUUUUCUUUUCAAAAAAGCAAUUUUCAUUUUUCUUACGACUUUAAAAGUCUACACCUCAAUAUAUUUCUUUGCUGUAAGAGGAAAUGAAGUAAACUCUUUCCACUUAAUGUACAGCAAAUAUGU